CUGCGGAAUCAGAGCAUGAUCCAUGGUUUUAGAUCACUGCCCUGACCAUGGGCUCGAGGUCUUCGGCCUCAUUCGACGGCAGCACAAAUUUGGGGGGAUUCCAGAAUGGAAUAAAUAACGGAACCAUCAAUGUUUUCAAAGAGGACGGAGACAAUGAAUGCCUUUCAGCUCUCUUAUCCACCCAUCCUCGAGUAUCUGAUCCUGGCGCUCAUAUCAGAAAAAUCGAAGAAGAGAAAGGAGGACUCCUCAAAGACUCGUAUGAAUGGAUGAUUCAUCAUCCAAGUUUUCGACAGAUUCAGUUCGACGACCAAAAGCGACUGCUGUGGAUUAGAGGCGAACCUGGACAUGGGAAAACAAUGCUGUUGAUGGGCAUGAUCAAAGAGCUGGACGACUCAUCACCCCGGGCUGGGCUUGCUUACUUCUUCUGUCAGGGUACAGACGAGGAAAUGAACAGUGCCACGGCUGUUUUGAGAGGCCUCAUCUACCGUCUCAUCCUGAUAAAACCUUCCCUGAUAACCCACCUGCGCAAGAUAUAUGAUUGUCAUAAAGGCGUCUUUCAAGAUAGGAGCUCUUUUUUCGCUCUGCCAGACAUAGCUGGCGGCAUGUUGGAGGAUCCCAAGCUUGGACGCGCAUUUAUUGUGAUCGAUGCCCUUGAUGAGCGAAACAAGUCAGGAUCAGCUACUCAAAUUCAUAGCUAUGAAUAUCUCGGCAUCACCUUCCGUGAAGUGGAUUGUGUCGAGUCGCAGCGUCCCAGCCAUCAUUGAUUGAUUCAAUCAAUUCAAUCAAUCCGAUCAAUCCGAUCAACCCGAUCAAAAGAGCCCUGAGCUUCUGAUUCACCUGGAUCUGCGUGACAACCCAGACGAUGUGAGCCAAGCAGUCAAUGCUUACAUUGGUUCCCGGAUAGAGAAACUUCAGGUCUUGAGGGAUAGCCAGCGUCUGAGAGCGCAAGUACGAGAUAUCAUGUGUGACAAAGCAGCAGACACAUUCCUUUGGGUAGCUCUCGUCGCCAAAGAGCUCGAGGAAGUUUGCGAAUACGAUAUUAUCGAAGUUCUAGAGAGUAUCUGAAUUGAGAGGAGUAUACGAUAGAAUGAUUAGACAGAUUGGCACUCUGUCUAUGAGGAGUCCCGUCUUCUGUUACCAGAU